GUCCUAUGGAUCGAGCCAAUAGUCACUCGGCACAUCAAUCCCUCAUUGUAUCUAAACCCUUCAAAAUAGGGGUGGGAAGUCCAUGUAAGUCUGGUCCAUGUCAACCCUUCCUUCAUGGGUUUUGUUUUUCUCGUAGACCAACAAACCCAUAAGUUAGAAUCUAGUUUGGGACUUGGGUGGAUCUUUAGAGGAUGGCCGGCUAGACGAAGAUGAUCGGGCCAAACAAGCCCUAAUGUUCAUUUUCCUUCUAAUUUUAGGAUAGAACUUCAUGUGGACUCGGGCGUUCGUUCACAGUACAAGGCUCACGUCGUGUCCCGAGAAUCACGUGCGUUUCACGUGUCCAUCCUCGGACGCGGAAUUUCGUCCGCCGCGGAUAUUCAAAUUUGAGACGACGUCCCUGCCACGGUUCCGAGGGGCGAAAUGGAAUCGAGCGGGGAAGGUGGCGGAGUCGGGUUAAGGUUUACAGAGAUCGAGACAGCUGCCGAUGGCUUGGGAAGAUCUGAAAUCUUUCACAUCGUCAAGGAGAUCCUCGGUUUCGUCCUCUACAUGCACCAACAGAUCCCUUCGAUUUUGCAGCACCUUGAAAAUGAAUAUGAUACUCUAAAAGAAGAUCAUAAAAGCUUGGAGGAGACAGUUUUAGCACCUACAGAAUCAAAGGCAUCUUUUCAGAGGAAGCAUAACUUAAGAAAAAGAGAGGUGAAACAGGGAAUCAAGAGGCUGGAAAAAUUGAUGAAUUCCAUUUCUAGUUUACUUUCUGCUCUUCAAGAGGCACUUGAUGAAAUGCCUAACAUCCAGGGAGUUACUAUGGUUCUUGGAGCAAGUCCUCUACGACCUCAACAUGUUUACCAGAUGUUAUUUUUCCAUGGGAAAUUUGAUUCUGGAAGUGCAAAGGACAGCACCAAAAGUAAAGUUGCUGACGCUCUUGCAAGAAAGGCUAUUCGGGCCCUAAUAACAAGUGGUGCAGGAAGUUCUUCCUAUGCAGGCCCAUCUAAAUUGUUCUUGCUGGUCAAAAGUUCGAAUACCUUCAACUUACCCCUGUAUUUCCUGCCCAAGCGUGAUUUCCGAUACAGCAAGAAGAUUGCACCAUUCAACUUGAAUAUAAAGUGUAAGAUUCCAGAUCAAGUCAUCAAUGAUUCACAACAUACUUCAAAGGUUGCUAGUUCCCCUUGCCUCUCAGAUUCCAGUCUGAAUGAUGCCAUCUGUUUUAAACUCAGGUUGAAGUUUAGGUUCUCAAAUCACAGGAAACAAGGAUGCUAUAACUUCUUAUGGUAGAAACCAACUAACCUGUCUUUGCUGGCAAUCCUAUCUGUACCCAUCUAUUGCAGGUUAGGAUGAGAUGAUUUUUGAAUGGAGGCAAAAUCUAAUUUCAAAAAGUUAGAAUCUAGGCAUAAUACAAGUUGGAUGAUAAGUUCUAUCUUACAGUUGCCAUGUUGUCUAGUUAGACUAGUUUAUCAUUACCUUGUUGCUCUAAAGAAUAAAUAUAAAUAAUUUCAACUAUUGAUGUUUGGAUGUUGAACAAGAACUUACUUCAUUAGUCAGGUAUAUAUAUAUAUAUAUAUAUUUUGUUCAGCAGUCCACUGACAGAGCUUACAUCACCUGCUC